AUGGUCAGCACCAGCUACCUCGUCGCCUUCCUCGGCGCCGCAUUCGCCGUCGAGUUCCGCUUCACAAACCGCUGCAACUACACGAUCGAGCUGCAUGGCGGCGGCAGCGUCCCGCUCUGCGACCUCGCGCCCGGUGAGACAGUCGGGAAUAACUGCAACACGAGCCUCAAGGACCAUGGGCUCUUCAAGCACACGGCGUCGAACGAAGCCAACCUGCUCGAGUACUCGAUCAUCAACUCACCCGGAUACAACAGCGUGUGGUACGACGUGAGCAACAUCCCGCCGGGCCCCGGCAACUGCAUGAGCUUCGACCUGUGCAAGGCCGAGACCAACAAGACAGGGUACAACGUUCCGAUGCUCGUCGAGCCCACCAAGUACGAUAACGGACAGAACUGCCGCAGCCUCAAUGUCACCCGCGACGAUGCGCCCGACGCCUACCUGUACCCGAGCGACGACCUCAAGACCCACAACUGCCCGAUGGCCGAGAUCUUCAACGUCACGUUUUGCCACCCCGAGACGUCGUAG